GAGGAAAUCCUCAAUCUGUGCCACUCACUCCUGUGAGCCUGCCUCUUCAUUCCAGGACUGCACACGGAAGCAAUCACCAAAAUGAAGACUGCUUUAAUUUUGCUCAGCAUUUUGGGAAUGGCCUGUGCUUUCUCAAUGAAAAAUUUUCACCGAAGAGCCAAAUUAGAGGAUUCUGAAGAAAAUGCGGUUUUUAAGUACAGACCACGGUAUUAUCUCUAUAAGCACGCCUACUUUUAUCCUCCUCUAAAACGAUUUGCAGUUCAGAACAGUGACUCAUCUGAAGAAAAUGGAGAUGGUGAUAGCUCAGAAGAGGAGGAAGAGGAAGAAAAUGAAAAUGAAGAAAACGAAGCAGAAGUGGAUGAGAAUGGGCAAGGCGUGAACGGCACUAGCACCAACAGCACAGACGCAGAAAAUGGCAAUGGCAGCAGUGGCGGGGACAAUGGAGAAGAAGGAGAAGAAGAAGGGGAAGAAGAAAAUGCAGAAGGAACCACAGUGGCCGGAGAGCAGGACAAUGGCGGGUCGGAACCCACCACGCCACCACAGGAGGCCUAUGGGACCACCCCUCCACCCCAGGGGGGAACCACUACCACUGAGUAUGAGGAGGAGUAUGAACAAACAGGCACCAACGAGUAUGACAAUGGAUAUGAAGUCUAUGAAAAUGAGAAUGCGGAACCUCGAGGGGACAAUUACAGAGCCUACGAGGAUGAGUACAGCUACUAUAAAGGGCGUGGCUACGAUAGCUAUGAUGGUCAAAAUUACUACUACCACCAGUGAAGGCCCAGGCUGGGAUGAAGUCAUCCAUUUUGGUGUAUCAUAUGGCUACAGUGUUCAAUGUUCAACUCAGGAAGGUGCAAUGUAACACAUGUGCAUAUAAUAAUGUGGAAUGGUGCUACUGUUCCAAAGGGAUUUUCUGUAAUUGCUUCUGCAAGUGACGGGCUUCAUGCUGCUUUCCCCUGGUAUGUUAUUGAGAGGUCAUUGUAAAUCAGGGUCAUUUGUCAAGUGGUAAACAAAUCCAUGAGAUCGCGUUCAAUUGAAUGUUUUGAAGUUGUAGUUGUUCUAUAAGUAGUAUUUUUUAACGUGUUCGCUCUAUUACUGCUAAAACAUACUUUUUGUGCAAGAAGUGCUUCUAAGAAGAAACUCAUUGACAUUAGUGACACUGUAUACAAUAAAUGUGUAAUUCUUUAAUCAUACUCCCUAUCCAACACUGUAUAGUUUAUUAUCAUCCUCAUGUAUUUUUA